AUGGCAAAGGAGCAGGGCCUUCCAAUUAACUUCGGCAAGUUUUUGGCGCACACCGACAAGGUGGUGCGCGAUCGCGGCUUCAAGAGGUUGAAGCGAUGGCUGCUGAAACAUCCGCAGUUGGAAAGGCUGGAGUACAUGAAGGUAUGGAAGGGCUUGUACUUUGCCGUUUGGAUGGCCGACAAAAGACCGGUCCAACAGGAACUUGCGGUGAACAUCGCCUUGCUUCUGAAUGAUGUGCCACGAGAGAAGCGGACACUUUGGAUCGACACGUUCUGGGAGACGAUGCGAGACUCUUGGGAGAAGCUGGACGUUCAUCGUGUCAACAAAUACCUGCUGCUGCUUCGAAUUGUUCUGGCAGAAAUCUUUAAAGACCUGCGGAUGAAUGGCUGGCAAAUGCAGGAGGUCAAGGAUCGCGCGGAAGUCCUCCUACGGCCUGCCCCACACCGCACAAAUAGUGCUUCCAGUGUUGGGAUCAUCAUGCAGUUGACCCGAGUGCUUUGGGAUGAGCUCCAACCUCAGCUGGAGCAGAGCCCAAAGGCGGCUCCCCAGGUGAUCUUGGCACUCCUCGAACCAUUCAUCGGCUUGGCAGAGGGUUCGUAUGUUGAGGGUCUCGUUCGAAGCGUCCAUGAGAAUGUGCUUGGAAGGGUGCCAGAUGAGCUGCUGAAGCAACUGGGCCAGAGAUUGUUGGAAGCUGCUGCGAAUGGUGCAGCAACACAGAAGAAUCGAGAAGCCCUCUACGACAUGGUUGAAGUGCUUGAGAACCGGAUCAGGUGCAGCAACUCCACAGCUCCGCGAUUGCUACUUCCUGACGAGGCAAGCUCGCAGAUCACACCGGACGACAAGGGAUCCAACCAUGUACAGAAGCACAGAAAAAAGAAGAGGAAGAAGGUCCACACUUCUGCUGACAGUCAGGAGAGAGUGUCCGUGUCACCUCUGAUGCUUCCGAAGGCUGCUUUGCCGCUGCGAUCAAAAGUUAUUGCGCAGAGGAAGAAGCGGCAGAGGCUUGACACCAAGGAAGCAAAAGACGUCGGAACGACCAACAGCAAGAAGACCAACUGCCCGGGUUGUGGCAACGCGUACCUGGACGACUCGCUGUUCUGUCGGAAGUGCGGCCGCAAGCGCGACGAGGUCCGGCAACAACAUGAUGGUGGCUCAAACGUCGUCGAGCAGCCAGAAAAGGAAGAGAUCAGAAGACGAAAGAAGAAGAAGAAGAUGCGAAAAGUGUCCUUCGACCUCUUGAAGAAUCAGGUUGUGACCUUCUCUGAUAAGCUUCCGGUCUCCAACGUCAAGGAAGCCGCUGCCAAAAAGGUGCAGAAGAGGAGAUGA